AGAUCUGGAAGAAAAACAACUCAACACCUGCAAGGAGAGAGCGACACACUGAGGGAAAAGAUAGCAGAGUUGGAGUCUCAGUGUGAAAAGGCCAACGUGGAGAAGGAGAGGAACUCUAAGCUCACUGUACGAGUUCAGGAGCUGGAGACGGAGCUGCAGGACAAGGAACAGGAACUGGAGAACCUGAGGAAGCAAGCAGAGAUCAUCCCUCAACUCAUGGCAGAGUGUGAGAGCAUCACAGAGAAACUACAGGUACUUGAAGCCUAACCCCUACACCCUAAACACUA